CAACCACUGGCCAGCGUAUCCGGCCAUGGCCCGACCCUUCCGCGACCCAUGUCGCGUGCGGUGAAAGCAUCUCGUGGUCUUGCUGGCCGCUGGGUUGGCGCCGAUGGGGAAUACGUGGCGACGAUCCGGGGCUCCAGCAUUGCAUGGCCGGAUGGUUCCAAACUGGAGUUUCAAGUGGUUGAAGGUGAGACGCCAAAGCUUGAGUUCGCCAUCGGCGGCCAAAGCUUCACCGCCCUCGUCAGCUCUGACCGCUUGGAGUUCAGCGAUGGCGACCUUUGGCUGAAGGAGCCUCCUGCCCCUCGCGCGCGGGCCAAGCGGAAAGCCGAAGAGCAGAAGGCGCGGAAGUUCAAGAUCACCUCAAAGAACAAGGUGGGCAUUUUGCCAAAGCCAGAUGUUACCACAGAUGUCAAAGAAUAUCUGGAUCCUGGCGCAAUCUUCCACGCAUCAGAAGAGUGGGUCGAUCCGCAGGAUGACCGGAAGUUCUUCUUCCUUGCAACGCAUCAUGGCUGGGUGCCUGAAUGCUCUCGAAAGGAUGCGACGAAGGUUGUAGUCGUGGAAGUCACAACGAAGCGGGCCAAGAAAACCGCCAAGGAGGCGAUGACGGAUGCACAAGCUGUGGAACAGACGGAACAGGAUCCUGCAAAAGAGCCAGAAGCGACAGGAGAGAAGGCAGAUCCGGAGGGAGCAGAAAAGAAAGAUGAAAGUGAAGGAAGAUCGGAAGAACCAGAGAAAGAUUCCAAGGCAGAUUCGAAGGAAUGUGUAGAGCGUGAGAAGCCCGCAGCGAAGAGGUCAAAGAACUCGAAGACUGGGCCCCAGAAGAAGGAAGCAGGGCCCGCAGGGCCCGCAGGGCCUUUGUCUAAAGAUGAGCUGAAGGCAAAGGUUUCCAAAGAAGUUGAAGUAGUUCCUGUGGAGUCUGACAUGUUGGAAGAAGCGGAAAGCUUGGCCAGCAAAGGACACUUUCCCAGUGACUCUUCAGAAAAGUACAGCCAGCUUGUGAAGUUGUCGCCGCAAAAAAUCAAAUCCUUACUUCAUGCCGCAUGGCUCCCUCAAGAGGGGUCCAAAGAACGCAUCAUCAUCCGACUUCUGCGCUAUUUGGCCGACUGGUUCCCGACUCCUGAGGAUAUGGAGCUCUUUCGGGAGGCUGGCCUUGCUUGUGCUCCAUCCAAGCGUUUGCGUGGGAAGCGUGCGGUCACUCUGCCUCCUCCGCAGGAGCAACCGAAGCCACGGGCGCCACGGGCGCCUCGGGCGAGGCAGGCCGUGCGGACGGCGUCCGUGCGGGGGGCCAAGGCGUCCAAGGCGGUUCCAACUGUUCCAAGUGCUGAUGAGCUGGUGGCCCUGGGGCAUUUGCCGGAGGAUUCUGUGGACAGAUACCAGGCGCUUUGCAAGGAAGAGAUGGCUGAACUCCAGGAGAUGGCCCAGCAGCUCUGGCUCCCCAGUGAGGGCCGUGUGGAUCAGGUGGCCCUUCGAAUCGUGAGAAAGUUGGCAGGUCGAGAUCAGCUUGAAGUGCCGAAGCAGCCGAAGCAGCCGAAGGAGCCAAAGCGUCUCAAGCGCGCCAAGAUGGGUGCGGCUUCACGGCUUGGACGUGGAAGAGGCCGGGGAGGCGGAAGGGGAGGCCGAGCCACCGGGGAGCGAACGAAUUCGGUGCCCAAGUCUCGGGGGCUAAGCAAAAAGGCCUUACGAACCUUUCUGGCAUCUUUCUUGGAGCAUGCAGAUGUUGAAAGGACAACAUUCCGCGAAUUGAAGGAAGCAGCUUUUGAAGAGUUUGGUGAUCUAAACGAUGAGACAGUUGUCUCUUUGCGGGAUAUGGCUGCUGUGGCCAUGCGCAAGCAGUUGGGCGUGCGAAGGGGGAAGGCCGCCAAGGCCGACAAGACGACGGAUGCGGUGCCCAGCGGUGGAGAGGAAGAUGCUGAGCAGAGCAGUGAGAAACCCGCGGAGGACCAGGGAGAGCCAGUUGAAGAGGCUCAAGCGGCAGCGCUGCUGUCGCUGCCUCCCGAGAAUGUUCCCAACACGUUUGAAAAGGAGGAAACAGAUCAAGCCAGCGAGGUGAAAGAGCCUGUAAACGCUGAUGUCCCCAAGACAGACCAAGCGAAGGAAGCAAAAGAUUCGGACUCCGAUUCCGACUCUGUGUCGAUUUCUCCCAUUGAUUAUGCAGCGCUAGCAACCCCAGCAUCGCCAUUGCUCAGCCCCAAGCCCAGGAGUUUCAUGUCACGGGAAAAGCCCAAAGAACCCAAAGUGCCUGUAUCAAAAGCAGCAAGAGCUCGAACAAACACAAAAGUCUCGAAAGCACAAGAACUUGGAGAAGAUGUCAAAGAAUCUGCCAAAGAAGCCGUCCGUCUAGCACAAGACACCCAGAAGAUGCCCGCUGAAGUGAAAGAAGCUGCAGGUGAAGAGCCCAAGAGCGAUGCCAAAGGAAAGGGACCGCCCAAGCGAGUUCCAAGAUUCCUGCAAGCUGCAAGAAGUGUGAGGGAAGCGAAGAAGGACAAAAAGGGCCAGGGCUUGGUUUAUGUCUCUGGAAGUGGGCAGAAACUGAGCGAGCAUGAUGCGCGUGCCAAGAUGCUUCAAAAGAAGGAAGCAGAAGAGAAGAAGCGAAAAGCCAUGGAAAACUUGGUCUUUGAUGGGGUCACCAAUACCUUGUCCAGGUUUGUCCGGUACAGUAUGCUUCAUGAAGAGAAGCGCCAGACGCUUGCAGAGGUAGGACAUUUGGACUGCCGCAUCACUGUGCCUGCUGCUGUUUGGAACAGCAACCUGGAAGUUCGCUUGAAGGACAUGGUAGACUCCUUCGCUGGGCAGCUGGAGCAGGAGAAGCGAAGUGAACGCAAGAGUAUAGUUCAUGAUGCGCGCCAGAAGACAGAGAAUGUAGAGGAGCAACAAGCAACUACAGAAGAUGCGGACACGUGCGCCAACGCCCAAGCAUCGACUGCCUCGUCUACACAGUUGAAGGAGCCGAGUGAUGCGAGCGAAGCAACGCAGCCGAGUGAUGCGAGCGGAGUCCUUCACGCCAAGACGGAUGCUGAAGCGACGACCGCAACGCAUGCAGAAUCCAAGCAAAUGGACGACCCAGAUGGCGAAGCGACGAGUGCUGCUGGCAAAGUCGAAGAUAGCAAUGCGACCCCAGCUGCUGCCGGAGAAGCUGGCCCAGAGGAUAUGGGCAAAGCUUCCGAACUGCCCGAAAGCACAGCCAGCGAACACAAGCCGCGGACCUUGUCAACUAUUUUGGAGGAUCCAAAUUCUGUCCCAUUGCCGCUGCCUGUUCCUGCAACUCCUGCCUUCGCCACAGUCCAAAAGCCUUCUGGAAAGGUUGCCAAGCCUGUGAAAGUGCAGAAGUGGAGAAUCAAAUUUACUCCGAAGGCUUUGGAGAUGUAUUUGCGCAAGCAGCCCGCGCUUCUGGGUGUAUCGGAUGCCAAAGUAGCACAGUUUGCCAGGGCCUUUGUGAGCAAAGCUCGUCCUGAAGAGAUCAAGAUUUUGGACUUCUUCCAACACCUUUGGAAGCGCUUUGGAGAGCAGUUCCCCGAAAAGAAACAUCGCCAUUUCCAAAUCCUGAAGACUGCGUUUGCCGCCAAGGAGGGGGAAAAGAAAAGAGGCAAAGGAAAGGAUGGGGAGGAAAAACCCAAUGCAAAGGUCUGUGAGUGUCAGAAGGAAAGAAAGAUGAGUGCUGGAAACAAGACGGCGGCGCUCAUCGAUGAGGAAUCCGACAUCAUGAGCCUUGAAGACGAUGCAGGUAACAGCGAUCUCCUCAUGGCCGCUCGAAUCCUUGCUCCUUUUGGCAUGGACUCAAAGGAUGUUGAUGUUUUGGUGAAGCCCCCGCCGUCGCAGGCCCUGCCAGUCCUGAAGGGUCUCCGGUCGGUGGCUUCCUGGGAUGAGCUGCAAUCGAAGCUGACGGACACCAAGUUGCUUCCGGUGGUGAAGUCGUUGAAGCGGCAUUCAGAUCGAGACGUGGCCCACUUGGCCAAGGAGCUGAUGGAAUCUUUCAGAGUCAGCUGUAAACAAGCGAAAACCAAGAGAGAAACUGAACAGAACUUGAUGCCAGAAGCUUUUUGUUGAAUUUCUCAUGAUUGAUGGAGCAUUAAACAGAGUUUGCACAGCCCCGACCUUCAAGACCUCCAAGGAAAGUAAAGAGGCUUUGGAAGACAAGGUGCCUGCGAAAGAUAAGGUGCCUGAUGGGUGCUAAUGCCGGAUCGGGUCGCGCAGAGAGCCUCUGAGAAGGCUCCCAAAGUUGGCGACGUUGAGCAGACUUGGCGGCGAGCCAAAAUUGACGCCCGAUGGUCAGUGGUCGGUUCGUUUCAGCCGCCAACAGUCACACAGGCCACCAGGGGGGCACCUGGACUUGUGCCAGGAACGCGAUUUGGUGGUGAUGCGCACCGCGCCCAGGUGGUGCGGCAAG